AUGGCUAGAUUUCUAUUUCUUUACAUUAUAUUAGCCGAACUAUUCGGUUCUAUGGGAAAAGGCAUUGCGUUGAGAACUUCAUUCGCCUUCGGGCCUUUGCAAGUAGCAGUUUCAAGUCCAGCACCAGCGCCAUCAGAAAACGGGGUUAAUUGGAUGUCCAGUGGAAGUCCAGGAAUCAAACUAAUUAGGAAGCAUCAUUCGUCUGUCGCUGGUGGAGAUGUGAUUCUUGGUGGACUAGCCAUUGUUUCAGUUGCUGCCAUUUUCUUCUACAUCCGAAUAACCAGACAAAGCAGAGAAUCUCAUGCCUGA